GAUGGUGAUCGGUUCAGAGAUUGGUUGAUGUAUUGCAAUUGCAGAUGAGCGGAGGAUGCUGUUAUAAAAAGAAAACUGACGCAUGAAGGCCAAAAUGAAUACAAUAACACUGGAUACAUUAAGCGGCAUUCUGUAACACAGGACAAGAUUAUUAACGAUAUUUAACGUCAACUAUUUUCAUGAGUUUUACCUCGAUCUAUAUUCAUAAAAAACUGCAAGGGUUACAGCUAUGAAGCUGGUAAACAAUGGAGAGAUAAUCGAUAUCUUAUAAUACAGAGCUAAAAUGUUUAUUUGUUAAACAAAUGAUUCACUACAAUUUGUAAGAGCAUUGAAAUCGAAUGAUAAUAAUUUAUUAAUGCUAAAAUGUUUAAUUCAUUUUGACUAACAAUGGAAAAUAUAUUUCUGUAUAUAAGAUUGUAACUCUUAGUUUUCUGCAGUAUGUCAUGUACUUUGAAACAUUAAUAUAGGUUGCAUACUUCUCUAAAAUCAUACAAAAUCUGAGUGUAUCUAGGAGAAUUAGUCUGUAUACACUAACUAUUGGUAAAAAAACCCCCAAAAAACUUAUCAUAUUGGAAACAAUAUAAUUAUGUCGGAAAGAUCACAGAUUUUACAUAACAGUGAAAAGGAGCGCAAUUCUGGUUUCAAUGAGCAGAGUAACUUUUACCGUUCAGUAGAUAAGGAUUUGAAUGCUUGUAAUGAUAGUUCCAUUAGUACAACAGAUGAUGAUUCCAGUUCCUUAAUUAACACAACAGAAGCAAAAAAUAAUGCAGAAUCUACGAAGUGUACUGUUGGUUUUCUUUUAGUCAAUGCAACAGUAGGUAUUGGUAUAAUAAAUCUUCCUGAAGCAUAUCAACAAGUAGACAAUUUAGCGUUAGCCAUCAGCAUCCAUUGCAUUAUUUGUGGUUGUUCGUUCAUUUCAAUGUUUAUUGUAGCAUAUGCCUCAGAUAAAACCCAAAGAUCAAGUUAUCAAGAUAUUAUGUUUGAUUUCUAUGGAGAGAAAGGUCGUGCGUUGACAUCUGUAUUUAUUUUUGUUAGUAUAUAUCUUUACUGCACCAGUUUAAUGGUAUUGAUUGGUGACCAAAUAGAAGAAUUUACCAUUUUCCUCGACCAUAACUUUUACUGCAAUCAUCAUGUAUGGUAUACACGAAGAGAGUUCGUAACAGUAAUUAUUAUGAUAAUCCUCCUACCAUUCUGCUUUCACAAAUUUAUUAACUAUCUGAAAUAUAUCAGUACUGUCGGUACUGCAGCAUUUCUGUAUGUCAGCUUAUUGGUUUUUGUGAAAUAUACACAAACACAUUCACCUUCUAGUCCAGUUAAAACGCCACAUGAACGCAGCAAAGCUAUCAUAUAUUUCAUUAUAGAUGUUUUGGUUUGCUACGAGGCACAAGUAAGUUCUGUUCCAAUCUACUCCAGUAUGAAGCAUCGAAAUUUGCGGUCAUAUACCAAGGUCCUGUGCGGAGCUUUUGCUCUCGCUACGUUCUUUUACAUGCUGAUGGGAGUCUUUGGAUCAUUGUCGUUCGGCUCUGAAGUGCACAGUGAUAUCCUCCUUUCAUACAAAAACCCAGACGUACCAGUAUUGAUAGCAGUCAUCCUACUUGCUGUCAAGGGAAUUAGCAGCUACACAAUUAUAUUCUUUCCAGGAAGAUCUGCUGUCCGGAGCUUAUGGUGUCAAUACUGGAAAUUUUCCGAUGAAGAAACAGAACGAAAAGAAAAUAUUCAUACUAUCGUAAUUACAUCGUUCUGGAUCGCCUCUAAUACUUUGAUGGCUAUGUUAUUAUCAAAUAUUAGAUAUUUUAUCUCAUUUUUGGGACCAUUCGCCUCUACCCUUACGUUUAUACUCCCAGCUAUCUGCCUCUACCGUUACACCAAAGAUAGAGGGAAUAAAAAAGAAUGGAAAUACAAUGCAACCAUUGGACUUAGUAUUUUUUUUAUUAUUUCGGGAUUAUGUUUUAUCGGACUGUCAGUAAUUGUCAUGGUUUUUGAAUAUCAGAACGGUGAAAGUAAAUCUGUGUCAUGUGAGACUCUUUCCAAUGUAACAUAUCACUAACUGGAAAUGAUUUCAUUUCAUGUUUUAUAUUUUAAUCUAGAGAAACUUUCAUUGCGAUAGUACAAGGUUUUAAAAGAAAACUUAACUACUGUGGUCGAUUCAUUCUUUUAAAAAUUCCUCAAGGCGAUGCCCCAGCAUGGCCGCAGUUUAAUGACUAAAACAAGUAAAACAUAAAACAUAAAAGAUGCUAAAUGGGGAUAACAUAGCUAAAUGGGAGGGUACGGAAGUGAUUCAAACCGAGUGACACUUUUAUGAGGAAGGACUCUUUUAUGGGGAAGGACUCUUUUAUGGGGAAGGACUCUUUUAUGGGGAUGGCACUUUUGGGUAUAUUGUAUAUGCCUGAAUAUAGGGUCAGGGAGUUUCAAACUCAAAGGCUACCCCGGGUGACACACACUGUAGCUAGGCCACCAUUUCUUAAUAUAUUAAGAAAACGAAAGAGGGAGAGUGUGUGUGUGAGGGAGAGAGAGUGAGAGGGUGAGAGAGAGAGAGAGAGAGAGAAAGAGAGAGUGGAAAAGACGAGUGUAAUUUGCGCACCUGUGUAAUUUACGCAGGUGAUUUUCGGGAUAAAAAUUAUAAAAAAAAGCUUCUACUCGUGUAAAAUUCGCACCAAAAAGUUUUCAGAAUUGCCGCUUUGGCCAGGGGAAAAAGGUUUCCAAUUUAGUUGUAUUUAGCAUCAUUUCACUUACUUAUGGUU